AUGGACCUGGCCGUGAUGGAGCGUUUCACACAGGCCGCAUCGCAAGCCGUGAAGGAGGAGCUGCUUCAGGAAUGGCAACGCUUUCGUGCAGACCUCUUGCGGGAUCUCACGCACCUCAUCCGUGCUGAGGUGUCGUCGGGGAGUCCUGCUGAAAAGGAUGUCCCAGGCACUUUGCCGUGGCGCAGCAAAACACAGGAGGUGGAAACUCCCGAGAAGUUGGCCGCAAGCGUGAACGGCGAAAACAUGGACACUGUCAAUCCGGUGCUCGUGAUGGAAGAGGUGACCUGUGCACCAACAAGUUGCGAGCCAAUGCUUUGGGAAUGA